AUGGUAUCCCGUGGAUUGACUAUCCCAGCGCUCUUCCAGCUGUGUUUGUUGUUGAUUUUGGCACCAUACAUCAAAGGCAGAACAUCGGAGAAAUGUCUCCCGGGCAAUACAUGUCGAUCUGAAAAACCUCCCGUAGUCCUAAGUAAGUGGUCAUUGUUUAUCAUUGAUGUAUAACGUAAGCUAGCUAGCUCUUCUAUUUUCAUCUAUUCAUUAUUGUGAAACAGAUUGCCUGACAGCUUGGCUAACGUCAGACAGCUAACAAGGCUAGUUAGGAGAAACUCAUGCGUCCUGUUUCUCAGAAUCCUUUUUUUUAUUUUUAUGUUCCUCUUGUUGAACUGAAUGGUAUUCUUUCUUUACAUAAAGGGGGUAAAAAGUAGCUAAUAUACAAAUCAACUAAACUGUUGUUGGUCGAUGCAUGCUUAAUAAGGCUACAUUGUUGUCUCCAACUUUACAAUGUAACGUUAGUAUCUAUGUCUCGAAUUGUUUACUCGGAUUAGUGGAGACAUCGCGGUGAUUCAGGCUCGAACGACUGACGGGUGGUCAUAUGACUGGCAAAGAGAACAGAAUUUGACUUGGACAGUUUGUUUCCCAUGCGCUACAAUGUAUCUAUCGGCCGGUCUAUCUAGCUGCUGGCAUUGAGAACAGAAAAUGAUCAAUCCUAUCACCUUUAAUUAUAUUCACAAGUUAUACAGUUAAUCAUGAAAAUAAUUAUAGCAGCCUAGAAGUUAGUAGUAUGGUUUGUAUGGUAUGUUUCAACAAAGGGUAUCUCACUGCCUUAUCUAGAGUUUGGCAAGUUACAACAUUUAACGGUACCCUAGCAGUAUUUGUCUACAUACAUGUGAUAGCGGUCAGUGAAGUUUGCCCUAGGUCAGCGUUUCCCAAACUCGGUGCAUGUUUCGGUUUUUGCCUUAGCACUGCACAGCUGAUUCAAAUACUCAACAAAUCAUCAGCUUUUAUUAUUUUAAUCAGCUGUGUAGUACUGUGGCAAAAACCAAAACGCGCACCCCUUGGGGUCCCCAGGACUGAGUUUGGGAAACGCUGCCCUAGGGUUUCCUUUCUGGUUUCAGCUUUUAAUUUGUGGUUGACUCAGGGUCACAAAGGGUUGUAUGUACUCACAGACUCACAUGUUGAAAUCUAAAUCUGAGUUUGUUUCAAAUAUUUCCAGAAAUAGGGUGGUGGGAGGUACACUCAGUGAUUUUUCUAGUACAUUGGGCUAAUAAAUGGUAACUGAUCAACUUUAUCACACUCUAAAUUGAUAGUGUUCUGCCUUUCGCCAGUCUUUUAUUGGCCAUCCUCAUCAUAUUGUCUUGUCCCACAGUUCCUGGGGACCUGGGGAACCAGCUGGAGGCCAAGCUGGACAAGCCCAGCGUGGUUCACUACAUCUGCUACAAAAAGACUGAUGUUUACUUCACAUUAUGGCUCAACCUGGAACUGCUGGUGCCGGUGGCCAUCGACUGCUGGAUUGACAACAUAAGGUUAGUGCUGCAUGAGGUGGAAAAUAGGGUGAUUGGUGCGAGGAGGGGUUGGGGGUAUCUGAUUUAAUUUGAGCUCUGUAUAAAGCUACUGUCAGCAUCUCUACUGGCAACUUGAUAUUAAAAAUAAAAUAAUACUAGUUUAAUACUAUUAAGUAGCUGGCUGGGUAGGCAUGAGAGAGGGAUCUGUUUUUCUGUAGCCUAGGUUGAAUAGGUUAUUUUCUGAACAUUGUACAAAUUGACCUUUUGAAUCCCCUUCUUUGUAAUCAAUAUGUUUUCAACAAUUAGUCUGUCUCUCAGAGUGUAUAGUUUAUUUAACAGUGAAGCCAUAGUGUACAACCAGUUGGGUCUUUCUUUUCUCCCCAGUUAGGCCUAGUUCCUCUUGAAAUGCAGACAUUAUACUGGAAUUAAUUCAAACAGGUGUUUUCAGAUGGGUCUCUAACCAAAAUAACUACAACAUGUCAUUGAGCUGUGGCUUUAUUCCAGGAACAACUAAUGAAUUAAUAUUGUAUACUGUAAUGUCAUUGUAAUUAAAGGUAGACUCAGCUAAAUUAGUUUGCCAUGAGCAGCACCGAGAUGCAACACUUUGCUCUCACAGUCACACACAGUAUCUGUGCCUGUGCAAGGGAUUGCUUCACGCUGUUAAAGUGUGCUAGCAUGGACCAAAACAGCAGAGAAGUUGAGCCUCGCGCUUCAACGCUCUUAGUUGUUGUGGGAAUUUACCCACUAUGCUGUUUAUUUUCUGCAUCUACGUCAUAUCGCUAAGUCUACCUUUAACUUUUCUAAUAUUCUGGCAUGUGUCUCUGUCUGUGCAUUAGACUGAUUUACAACCGCACAACAAGGCAGACAGAAGCACCUCCGGGGGUAGAUGUCAGAGUGCCUGGCUUUGGACAGACCUUCCCUCUGGAAUACCUUGACCCUAGCAACUACAGUGUUGGUGAGUGGGCCCAUCACCCUACCAUGCCUAAAGUAUCUAUUCAACAGACUCCCUAAUAGUGUGCGAGUAUCUCAGUCUUUUCUUGUGUGUGUGUUUAACUAAGCUACUAUUGUUUGUGUUGCAGGUAUGUAUUUUUUCACCAUAGUGCAGGCGCUGGUGGAGUGGGGAUACACGAGAGAUGACGAUGUUCGAGGAGCUCCGUAUGACUGGCGUAAAGCUCCAAGUAAAUCCGCCUCCUUUCAUUCUUACACACACAUUUGCUGUAGAUACAUGUCUGUCAAAGAAACAUUUGUGGUCUGAUGAACAGAGCUUGGUCUUUGGAUGGAUUGCAUGUCCUUGUGUAAGGAGCUAGCAAUGUUAUUGACACCCCCCUCAAACUCAACUCUGGACCUUGAAGCCAGUUCCACUGCUUUUUUUCAUUCUUCCCCUCUAAUCAGGGAGUCAUUUAGACCUGGGACAACAGGUGGGUGCAAUUAAUGAUCAGGUAGAACAGAGAACCAGCAGGCUCUGGACCUUGUAGGGUAAGAGUUAAAUACCCAUGACCUUGAGUCUAAGGGCCCGGGGCUGGGUUUCUACUAAGCUAACAUAUGGAAUUGUUUUAAGAUGGUCAUACCAAGGAUCAUUUAGCUAUUUGAUUUUGAAUUAUAGGACCCCUGUAGGUUUAAAAAAUAUAUACAGUACCAGUCAAAAGUUUGGACACACCUACUCAUUCCCGGGUUUUUCUUUAUUUGUACUAUUUUCUACAUUGUAGAAUAAUGAAUAGUGAAGACAUCAAAACUAUGAAAUAACACAUGGAUUCAUGUAGUAACCAAAAAAGUGUUAAACAAAUCAAAAUAUUUUUUAUAUUUGAGAUUCUUCAAAGUAGCCACCCUUUGCCUUGAUGACAGCUUUGCGCACUCUUGGCAUUCUCUCAACCAGCUUCAUGAGGUAGUUACCUGGAAUGCAUUUCAAUUAACAGGUGUGCCUUGUUAAAAGUUAAUUUGUGGAAUUUCUUUCCUUCUUAAUGCGUUUGAGCCAAUCAGUUGUGUUGUGACAAGGUAGGGUUGAUAUACAGAAGAUAGCCCUAUGUAUGGUAAGAACAGCUCAAAUAAGCAAAGAGAAACGACAGUCCAUCAUUACUUUAAGACAUCAAGGUCAGUCAAUUAGGAAAAUUAAAGAACUUUGAAAGUUUGUUCAAGUGCAGUCGCAAAAACCAUCAAGCGCUAUGAUGAAACUGGCUCUCAUGAGGACCGCCACAGGAAAGGAAGACCCAGAGUUACCUCUGGUGCAGAGGAUAAGUUCAUUAGAGUUAACUGCACCUCAGAAAUCAGCAAUUAACAGCACCUCAGAUUGCAGCCCAAAUAAAUGCUUCACGGAGUUCAAGUAACAGACACAUCUCAACAUCAACUGUUCAGAGGAGACUGUGUGAAUCCUGAGUGGCGCAGUGGUCUAAGGCACUGCAUCGCAGUGCUAACUGUGCCACUAGAGAUCCUGGUUCGAAUCCAGGCUCUGUCGCAGCCGGCCGUGACCGGGAGACUCAUGGGCGGCGCACAAUUGGCCCAGCGUCGUCCAGGGUAGGGGAGGGAAUGUAGCUCAGUUGAUAGAGCAUGGCGUUUGCAACGCCAGGGUUGUGGGUUUGAUUCCCAUGGGGGGCCAGUAUAAAAAAAAAAUUGUAUUCACUAACUGUAAGUCGCUCUGGAUAAGAGCGUCUGCUAAAUGACUAAAAUGUAAAAUGUAAAUGUAAAUGAAUCAGGCCUUCAUGGUCGAAUUGCUGCAAAUAAACCACUACUAAAGGACACCAAUAAGAAGAAGAGACUUGCUUGGGCCAAGAAACACUAGCAAUGGAUAUUAGACCGGUGGAAAUUUGUUCUUUGGUCUGGAGUCCAAAUUUGAGAUUUUUGGUUCCAACCACUGUGUCUUUGUGAGACGCAGAGUAGGUGAACGGAUGAUCUCCGCAUGUGUGGUUCUCACCAUGAAGCAUGGAUGAGGAGGUGUGAUUGUGUGGGGGUGCUUUGAUGGUGACACUGUCAGUGAUUUAUUUAGAAUUCAAGGCACACUUAACCAGCAUGGCUACCACAGCAUUCUGCAGCGAUAUGCCAUCCCAUCUGGUUUGCGCUUAGUGGGACUAUCAUUUGUUUUUCAACAGGACAAUGACCCAAAACACACAUCCAGGCUGUGUAAGGGCUAUUUGACCAAGGAGAGUGAUGGAGUGCUGCAUCAGAUGACCUGGCCUCCACAAUCACCUGACCUCAACCCAAUUGAGAUGGUCUGGGAUGAGUUGGACCGCAGAGUGAAGGAAAAGCAGCCAACAAGUGCUCAGCAAGAGUGUGCAAAGCUGUCAUCAAGGCAAAGGGUGGCUACUUUGAAGAAUCUAAAAUAUUUUGAUUGAACACUUUUUGGGUUACUACAUGAUUCCAUGUGUGUUAUUUCAUAGUUUUGAUGUCUUCACUAUUAUUCUACAAUGUAGAAAAUAGUAAAAAUAAAGAAAAACCCUUGAAUGAGUAGGUGUGUCCAAACUUUAGACUGGUACUGUGUGUGUGUGUGUGUGUGUGUGUGUGUGUGUGUGUGUGUAUAUACACACACACAGUGCCUUCGGAGAGUAUUUAGACCCGUUGACUUUUUCCACAUUUUGUUACGUUAAAGCCUUAUUCUAAAAUUGAUUAAAUGAAUAAAAAUCCUCAGCAAUCUACACACAAUACCCCAUAAAGAUAAAGCGAAAACAGAUUUUUAGACAUUUUAGCACAUUUAUAAAAAAACAAAAACAGAAAUACCUUACAUUUUACAUAGAUUUUGCAUAAACAUUUUACAUACAUGGUACUUUUAAAUAAAGCAGUCACAUAACAAUAAUACAUUACCAAACAUAAGCUCUUUAAUCCCACCCCUCAGCUACUCUCAGCCCAUCCCACCUAUCACCAUAGACCACCCUUGUUUGGUUUCCAUGUGCCAUAUAUUUUUCAAUUGUGAUGUUUUACAUAAAUGUCGAACCUUUCUAAUCGUAUAGUAUCCACAGAUUGUGAGCUAAAGAUGAAAACCUUUCCUACGAGUAUUAUUAUAUUAUUUAUUGACUGACUAUAGCUUUCCAAAUCGCCCAAUACUGCUAUUUGUAAGGUUGAUUUAAGUGUGUUAAAAAGAAAAAUGCUAUUUCAACCUCUUUGCAAUAAGGAAUUGAGACCAAAAUCUCAAGAGAAGUUUCAAGUGUUUAAUACCAAGGAUGCUGUCAGCUGAGUGCAUACAUUUAGAAAGUUCCCAACACCUCUUAUACUCUUCCCUCCUUUUGGUCACCACCCCAGCUAUACAUUUUAUGACCUUAAUGAGUUUCCCUUCUCUCCCCUAUGGAAUGUCCAUGGUCCUCUCUUUGUUUACCUACAUGUCAGAAUCACAACCCGUCCAUCUUCAUUGUCCUGGGCCUGACCCUGCUCCCUGAUCCGAGGCAAUUUCCUCUAAUCUGAUUAGGUCAACCUUUCCAAAUUAGCAUACACACAGUUUCAUGGCCUAAACUCCUUUUAAUACUCACAGUAAUCAUUCACUAAACAGCAUACAAACAAACUACAGUUUAACAGGUCCCGUGUAGCUCAGUUGGUAGAGCAUGGCGUUUGCAAUGCCAGGGUUGUGGGUUCGAUUCCCACGGGGGGCCAGUAUGAAAAUGUAUGCACUCACUAACUGUAUGUCGCUCUGGAUAAGAGCGUCUGCUAAAUGACAAAAAUGUGAACUUGAAACAUACAUUUUAACAUCAAAUCUUUUCCCAUUUAUUUUGCAACCUGUAUGGCGCAGCUGUCAACAUUUUUGUCCUCAAAUGAAACUGACGCCUUCUUCAAAACAAUUGAACCUCUCUCCUUGAAGUUGUUGAUGAUCCGAUAAAUGGUUGAUUUAGGUGCAAUCUUACUAGCAGCAAUAUCCUUGCCUGCAAAGCCCUUUUUGUGCAAAGCAAUGAUGACGGCACGCGUUUCCUUGCAGGUAACCAUGGUUAACAGAGGAAGAACAAUGAUUUCAGGCACCACCCUCCUUUUAAAGCUUCCAGUCUGUUAUUCUCACUCAAUCAGCAUGACAGAGUGAUCUCCAGCCUUGUCCUUGUCAACACUCUCACCUGUGUUAACGAGAGAAUCACUGACAUGAUGGCAGCUGGUCCUUUUGUGGCAGGGCUGAAAUGCAGUGGAAAUGUUUUUUUGGGGAAUAAGUUCAUUUUCAUAGCAAAGAGGGACUUUGCAAUUAAUUGCAAUUCAUCUGAUCACUCUUCAUGACAUUCUGGAGUAUAUGAAUAUUGCCAUCAUCAAAACUGAGGCAGCAGACUUUGUGAAAAUUUGUAUUUGUGUCAUUCUCAACUUUUGACCACGACUGUAUGGAAGGCAAACAAGUUCCCUACCUUCUCCCUUUUCCACUUGCCUCCUCCAUUUGUGGUAAUGCUGCAAUCAGUUGGUUGUAAGUUUGGAUUGAGCAGACAUUCCCAUGUAUUUUUCGAUAGCUGCGUAUGUGACAUAGCUCCACCGUUUCUAUUCAUAAUAUAAUUAAUAAAUAUAAUACCAAUUUUAAACAUUUUUUCCAUGAAGAAUGUUUUUUUUAUUAAUCAGUAUAUUUGAGUUUAACCAUAACAUUUGUUGUAAUAUUUGUUCUAUCUUUUCUGGAGGAUAAAACUGAAAUUGUAACCAGCUUUGUAUGGCUUGUUUAAGAAAGGGCAAUACUUUAAACAAUAUUUCAUUUUCAAUUUGACGGAAAUGAGAAGUUGUAAUCUGUAUAAAAGGCAAGAAGGCCAUUUGAGCCUUUCUUAAUAAUCCACUGGAGAACCAUUUUGGGUUUAAGUAUAACUUAUGUAUGAGUGAAGCUUUUAGUGAGAGGUUUAAAGCUUUAAUAUUUAAUAAUAAUUGAAGUCCCCCAAACUCAUAUUCAUUAUAUAAAUAGGCACGUUUAAUUUUGUCUGGCUUAGCAUUCCAAAUAAAAUGAAAUAUUUUUUGAACAUAUGAUUUUAAAAAAGAGUCGUCUGGAGUAGGCAGUGCCAUUAGCUCCAGAGUUCCUCUGUGGAGAUGGGAGAACCUUACAGAAGGACAACCAUCUCUGCAGCACUCCACAAAUCAAACCUUUAUGGUAGAGUGGCCAGACGGAAGCCGCUCCUCAGUAAAAGGCACAUGACAGCCCGCUUGGAGUUUGCCAAAUGACUAUCAGACCAUGAGAAACAAGAUUCUCUGGUCUAAUGAAACCAAGAUUGAACUCUUUGGCCUGAAUGCCAAGCGUCACGUCUGGAGUAAACCUGGCACCAUCCCUACGGUGAAGCAUGGUGGUGGCAACAUGCUGUGGGGAUGUUUUUCAGCGGCAGGGACUGGGAGACUAGUCAGGAUCGCGGCAAAGAUGAACGGAGCAAAGUACAGAGAGAUCCUUAAAGCAAACCUGCUCCAGAGCGCUCAGGACCUCAGACUGGGGUGAAGGUUCACCUUCAACAGGACAACGACCCUAAGCACACAGCCAAGACAACGCAGGAGUGGCUUCGGGACAAGUCUCAAUGUCCUUGAGUGGCCCAGCCAGAGCCCGAACUUGAACCUGAUCGAACAUCUCUGAAAAAACCUGAAAAUAGCUGUGCAGCAACGCUCCCCAUUCAACCUGACAGAGCUUGAGAGGAUCUGCAGAGAAGAAUGGGAGAAACUCCCCAAAUACAGGUGUGCCAAACUUGUAGCGUCAUACCCAAGAAGUCUCAAGGCUGUAAUUGCUGCCAAAGGUGCUUCAACAAAGUACUGAGUAAAGGGUCUGAAUACUUAUGUAAAUGUGAUAUUUCAGUUUACUAUUUUUAAUAAAUUAGCAAAAGUCUAAACCUGUUUUUGCUUUGUCAUUAUGGGGUAUUGUGUGUAGAUUGAUGAGGGGAAAAAACUAUUUAAUCCAUUUUAGAAUAAGGCUGUAACGUAACAAAAUGUGGAAAAAGGUCUGAAUACUUUCCGAAUGCACUGUAUAUUCUUAUUUUUAUUUAUUUGAUGAAACAUUGUAUUUGGCCUUACGGCUAUUAGCCCAUAGAAACACAUUAAAUAACAAAUUCAUACAUUGAAAAACAGUAAAAAAAUUAUCAAAAGGAAGUAUGUUUUGACGUUUCUGGCCUAUAUGUGGGAUAUAUGAAACAUUAUAAAAUAUAUACAUGUAUAUAUAUUUGGGAACAUGAAAUUACCCGUACCUUUGAUGUGGAAAUGCCCUAUUCCAGGUCACAGUUGUAAAUGAGAACUUGUUCUCAACUGGCCUACCUGGUUAAAUAAAGGUGAAAUAAAAUUUAAUAAAUUAACUUCCAUAAAAAUGUUUUAGCCUGGUACAUAACAGUACUUGUGGGGGUCGUAGAGCAAAACGGAGAACAAUUGUGUUCGUGAGUCAUCUUGCCAUAAAGGGGUCAUAUUAAUUUGUAUCCCAAACUGUUCGGACACUACAGACGUUUUCAUGAGAAGACCGAUUUUCGGGAUGUCACCUGGUCUGACAAACACCGCUGUAGCUCUGCCACCUUCCACCGCAGAUGUGGAAGGUCGACAUCUGUAGCUUAAAACAGACAUUUUUUUACUGGGAUAAAAAAAAAACGCUAAUUACAUUUCCGCGGGGGCACGGACAUCGACUAUAGGUUAAUAGUUUUCAUUGUCAGGUUGUUUUUAGCCUUCUAUUCUUACCUAAUUUCGGUCCAGUCAUUGCAAUUAUGAGCGACAUUUAAGAGGAAAAGGAAAGAUGGGUGUUGAUUAAGACCUUUUAGAUGUAUUGGAUAUAUACUGAACAAAAAUAUAAAUGCAACAAUUAACGAUUUUACUGAGUUACAGUUCAUAAGGAAAUCAGUCAUUUGAAAUCAAUUCAAUAGGCUCUAAUCUAUGGAUUUCACAUGACUUGGCAGGGGCGCAGCCAUGGGUGGGCCUGGGAGGCCAUAGGCCUGUAUUCAAUUCUCUGGCAACAGCUCUGGUGGACAUUCCUGCAGUCAUCAUGCCAAUUGCACGCUCCCUCAACAUGAGACAUCUGUGGCAUUGUGUUGUGACAUAACUGCACAUUUUAGAGUGGCCUUUUAUUGUCCCCAGCAGAAGGUGCACCUGUGUAAUGAUCAUGCUGUUUAAUCAGUUUCUUGAUAUGCCACACCUGUCAGGUGGAUGGAUUAUCUUGGCAAAGGAGAAAUGCUCACUAACAGGGAUGUAAACAAAUUUGUGCACAAAAUCUGAGAGAAAUAAGCUUUUUGUGCGUAUGGAAAAUGUCUGUGAUCUUUUAUUUCAGCUCAUGAAACAUGGAACCAACACUUUACAUGUUGCGUUUAUAUUUUUGUUCAGUGUAUAUAUAAAGUAUUGUUAUACUAAUCUCAGUAGUUUUUGAAUGAUCAGUCUCAUGCACGCACGCACGCACCCCCCCCCCUUUUUUUUAUAUGAUUUUAACAGAUGAGAACAAAGCCUACUUCAUGAGUCUGCAACAGAUGAUUGAGGAGAUGGCAGAGAAGGCUGGGGGUCCGGUUGUCCUGAUGGCCCACAGCAUGGGGAACAUGUACACCCUGUAUUUCCUGAACCAUCAGCCCCAGGCCUGGAAGGAUCGCUACAUCAAGUCCUUUGUGUCCCUGGGUGCACCUUGGGCUGGUGUGGCUAAAACCCUGAGAGUUGUGGCUACUGGUAAGAGUUUGCAUAGGCAUGUCUGAACCACAGUAGUAGAGUUACUGUGGGCUGCAUACUAUUUGUAAUGUCUAGCAACCAUGUAUUUUAUUAUAUCUACACUAUUGCAUUGGUUUAUGUCUCUUUCCUUGCAGGUGAUAAUAACCGUAUCCCAGUCAUCAGUUCACUAAAGAUCCGCUCACAACAGCGCUCUGCAGUCUCAACCACAUGGCUGUUCCCAUACUCACAUUCCUGGCCUGCUGACAAGGUGCUAAUCCAAACACCCACCACCAACUACACAGUGAAAGACUACCAACACUUCUUCAAGGAUAUCGACUUUGAAGACGGCUGGGAGAUGCGUCAAGACACUGAACCACUGGUCAGUGCACUAGAGCCCCCCAGGGUGGCCAUACACUGUCUGUAUGGCAGCAGAGUGCCCACAGCGGAGGGUUUUCUCUACACCAACUUUCCUGAUACAGACCCCACACUGAUUCUCGGAGAUGGGGAUGGUACGGUCAACCUGCUGAGUGCCACCCAGUGCAAGCGUUGGAUAGGCCACCAGACUCAGCCUGUCCAUAUGCUUGAACUGGAGGGGAAUGAGCAUGUGGCCAUGUUGCUCAACUUUACCACAGUAACCUACAUCAAGACCGUGCUCUUUGGCCCCUGAGCGACCUCAACUAACUACUGCCCCUCAGCUUGCUGUCUGAUGUGACAAAUUCACAAAGAUGAAGAACUGGGAUAGUACAGAGAGAAGACAACUGAUAGGCUUUUGGACACAUGACGGUCUGAGCCUGAGGAGGAAGUGAUGGCGGCAGUAAAAUGUUUUAUCCUAUUUUAUUAUGAAUUAUCCCCUCAGCAGACGAUUGCUGUUUGUUCCCCUUAAUGUCGAUCAAAAUUUUACUAUGUUAAUUGAUCAUAUUUGGAAAGGACUUUCCCACUUAAGACUCAAGAUUACCAGGUUGUUUCCUGUUGUGCUGAACCAAAAAAGAUUUACUAUGUGAUCCUCAGAAUUAGCAGUAUGUCCAAUAUUGAGCUGUGAUGAAUUAAGAACAUCAGGGGCUUUUUGUGGAGGCUAGAUUGUUUACAGCACAGGGAGAUGCCGUCUGAUCAGCUUGAUUGUAACUACAGUGGGGAAAAAAAGUAUUUAGUCAGCCACCAAUUGUGCAAGUUCUCCCACUUAAAAAGAUGAGAGAGGCCUGUAAUUUUCAUCAUAGGUACACGUCAACUAUGACAGACAAAUUGAGAAGAAAAAAUCCAGAAAAU